AUGCCUGCAGAUCAGCAAGAACCUUCUCAGAAUCCUAACUCUGCUUAUUAUCUAAGCAAUAGUGAUUUGAAUGCCACAAAAUUAGUGAGCAUUGAAUUUGAAGGAAAAUGUUUCAGUGAUUGGAGGAGGUCAAUGAUGAUUGCACUUUCAGCCAGAAAUAAAUUGUGUUUUGUUGAUGGCAGUUUGAAUCAGCCAGCACCAAAUUCUGCAAAUCACAGAAUAUGGAUCAGGUGUAAUGAUCUAGUAAUCUCUUGGAUGCUAGCUUCUCUUGAGCCAAAGAUUGCUAGGAGUGUUCUUUAUCUCAAAACUGCAAGAGCAAUUUGGCUUGAGUUGGAAGAUAGAUAUUGCAGGGAAUCUGGUCCUCAACUGUUCUCAGUUCAACAACAAUUGAGUGAGUUAACACAAGGAGAUGAAGAAGAAGUAGCUAGUUUCUUCACAAAGAUUAAAAUGCUAUGGGAUCAGCUAGAUGGACUAGAGCCAUUACCUGUUUGUGUUUGCACUGGAUGUAGCUGCACACUCACACAACAGUUGCUCAAAACACAGCAGAAUCAAAGGCUAAUUCAGUUUUUAAUGAAGCUGAAUGACAAAUAUGAGCAUCCUAAGAGCACUAUACUUAUGAUGAGUCCUUUACCUACAAUUUCAAAGGCAUAUGGACUGCUCCUUCAAGAAGAACAGUAG